UGUUGUACAGGGGGCUCUGGCCUAGCUCCAGCUAUGCGCUAAGGCUUCCAGCUGGACGCGGAGCAGCUAAGUAGCGUUGCUGUCGCCUGCCUGACAACGCCGAAGAGUGCGCGCUUCCUGUCCUGCCUACAAAAAGCGCCGGCGCCGUGAUUUUCUCGCGCUAGCGACACAGUAAGACACUAGGAAGCGAAGCGCUUUUGGGCAAAGGAGCUGUUAAAGAAGCAGUUACGCGCGUGAAAACGCGCCACGCAGCGUCUCUACAGCAGCGCUACAAACGCAGGAAACCGCGACAAAGACGCGAAAGGCAGCGCACGAGCACCCUUGCAGCAUGGCCAAGACCAGUGCUUCCGCACUCGUUUGGGCCCUCGCGGCCGCGCGCGGAUGGGCGCUCGUGGCGCCGAGCGCCGCGAACCACAAGACGCGCCUGCCCCCUUUACAAAUGGGCGACUGGGCCGAGGCGAACGCCGCGAAGGCGCUGGACGCGCAGAAACGCAUCGUAAUGAAGUUCGGAGGGUCCUCCAUCAGAGACGCGGAACGCGUCACGCACGUCGCCGAUCUCAUAGCGUCCAAAAUUAGAGAAGGAUUCACUCCGGCCGUGGUUGUGAGUGCCAUGGGGACCACUACGAAUGAGUUAGAAAGGGCCGGAGCGUUAGCUUUGGUCGAUGGCAUUGUUAGAGUAGACGAGAUGCGCAAAUUACAUUUAGAAGUCUUGGAUGAGCUCGAACUCCCAGCAAACGUGGGCUAUGAGGUGAGACAACUACUCAGAGAGCUCGAAUCGCUCUUAGAUGGCGUGAGCAUGGUCAGGGAACUCACGCCGCGAACGAAGGACCUUUUAGUCAGUUUUGGAGAAAGGAUGAGUUGUCGGAUUGUGGCAGGCCAAUUGAAGGAAGCUCAUGACAUCACGGCAGUCCCGAUCGAAGCCUGGAAUAUAGGGUUAAGGACGGAGGGCGGCCACGGCGAAGCGCGGGUCGACGAGGAGUGUUACGACGACAUCGCGCGAGCGUUGCGGUCGUCCAUCGUCGAGCGGAACGAGGUACCAGUUAUCACUGGUUAUGUAGGGCACGACGCGGAUGGUAGAGUUACGACUCUCGGUAGAGGUGGUAGCGAUUUGACAGCUACUACAUUGGCAAGAGCAGGGGCAUCAGAGACACAGGAACCGCUCUUUGCGGAGGUCCAGGUCUGGAAGGACGUCGACGGUCUCAUGUCUGCGGAUCCGAAAGUCGUGUCGAACUCCGUCAACGUGCCCUUCGCUACCUAUGAAGAAGCGGCGGAAUUAGCUUAUUUCGGGGCGUCUAUUCUACAUCCCACGGCUCUGAGACCGGCUCAAGUAGGGCAGUGUCCCGUUCGUAUCAAAAAUUCGUACAACCCGGACCAUCCUGGUACGCUCAUUGCCUCUCCGUCGAAGAUCGACGAGGAGCGGUCGCUGAAAUCGUUAGAAAGGCCCGCAUUGACGGCGAUCACGGCGAAACGAGGCGUGACACUCGUGGAUAUUAGUUCUUCAAGGAUGCUGGGCCAGCCCGGGUUUCUCGCGGCGAUCUUCGAGGUCUUCGAGACGGACGGGGUCUCGGUGGAUGUGGUGGCUACUUCCGAAGUUUCAGUCAGUCUGACGCUCGACCCCAAAGCUCAUCUCGGCGACGAAGCUAAAAGAUUUUUGUCGCCCAAGGGUCUGAAGCGCCUCGAGGACAUCGCGCGCGUCGACGUGCGCGACGGGCGGGCCAUCGUGUCCUUCAUCGCGGACGUGGCUCGGUCCACAGAGUUGAUCGCGCGCGUCUUCACGGUCCUCGCGCAGCGCGGAGUGAAAGUGGAGAUGCUGAGCCAGGGCGCGUCCAAGGUCAACAUUUCAUUAGUGGUCUUGGACGCCGACGCCGAGGAAGCUCUACGCAUCAUCCACGACGAGUUCUUUUCGACAUCGAAGGAGGCGGUCGCGUCGCGCUAAGUA